CCGCUCUAGGUUGAAGCGCGGCGUACUCGUUGGUGUUUGGGUGACCCUGCUUUGCUUUACGACACGAAUUCGCACAGCGCGACAGUUCCCGUUUCCUCGUCGCCUGCAGCUCAACAUGGCGUCGGGCAGCGGGACUAAGAACUUGGACUUCCGCCGAAAGUGGGACAAGGAUGAAUAUGAGAAACUUGCAGAGAAGCGGCUCACGGAGGAGAGAGAAAAGAAAGAUGGCAAACCAGCCCAGCCUGUCAAAAGGGAACUUCUGCGGCACCGGGACUACAAGGUGGACCUGGAAUCGAAGCUGGGGAAAACCAUUGUCAUUACCAAAACUACCCCUCAGUCAGAGAUGGGAGGGUAUUACUGUAAUGUCUGUGACUGCGUGGUGAAAGACUCCAUUAACUUCUUGGAUCACAUCAAUGGCAAAAAACACCAGAGAAACUUGGGCAUGUCCAUGCGGGUGGAGCGCUCCACGCUGGACCAGGUGAAGAAGCGCUUUGAGGUGAACAAGAAGAAGAUGGAGGAGAAGCAGAAGGACUAUGACUUCGAGGAGAGGAUGAAGGAACUCCGCGAGGAGGAGGAAAAGGCCAAAGCCUACAAGAAGGAGAAGCAGAGAGAAAAGAAAAGGAGGGCAGAGGAAGAUCUGACUUUUGAAGAGGAUGACGAAAUGGCAGCUGUGAUGGGCUUCUCCGGUUUCGGCUCAACCAAAAAGAAUCACUGAGAAGCUCUGGACUCUGUUCUUUGUUGAAGCAGAUUGUUUUUACCCAGGGGACUCUGGAUAAUUCUUUUAAGACUUGACUGAGGACUCGUAUGUAAAUCUCCCAGUAGAAGUUGGCCAGAGGAGUUGAAAAGCAAUUCCGUGCUCUACCUGUGCUGCAGAACAAACUCCACCUGCCUUUAGCUUCCCGUCUCCUUCUGUGUCCUAGAUCUGGCUGCUCAUCAGUGCUCUUCAGCCUUGUGUGUGCGGGGAACCGUUCUGCUGGGUGCAGUUUUGUGUCAAUAAAGCGCAGCAGUUCUGUACAGAUGGCAUUGCUCAGAAUUCUUUCAGUUGUCAGCUGCCCAUCACUUUCUGAGGCCGUGAGGUGCAGAGCAGCGCUCAGUUUCUUUUUGGAUCACAAAAUUGAAGGAAUUGUGCCACGGUGAGCAGUGCUGCUCUGUACAGCCUGAACCUUUUGGCUUGUGCUAAGCAGAGCUGGGGGCUGCAUGGAGUCCGGGUUACCGAUGUAUUUUAUCUGUGAGGGGUACCUCCCUGGUUUUCUUUGUGUUUUGUGCCAUAACUUUGAUAUCUUUAAUCCAGGGGAGAAGCUCCUCCCCGGGGCUGAUCUAGGAUAGAGAACGUGAACAGCGUGUGCGAUUUGCCCAGAAUAAAUGGAUCGUUUUAAUUGGCC